GCCGACAGCUGCCGGAGUUUACCGAAUGCCACGUUAACAAACGUGCGUUACUACAGUUGGGUACCGAAAACAGCAGUGAACAUGGAUCUGACACAGAUAGCAUGUGUUUUAUUUUUCUUUUUCUUCGCUUCAAUAGACUGUUUAAUGUUUCAUUUGCCUGCGAAUUCCAAAAAAUGUUUACGAGAGGAGAUCCAUAAGGAUGUCUUGGUGACCGGUGAUUACGAACUGUCAGACGCGCCGGGUCAGAAAGCAACACUCACGGUCACAGACUCCAAGGGCCACAUACUCUACACCAAAGAUGAUGCUAAGAAAGGAAAGUUUGCAUUUACAACAGAAGAGUAUGAUAUGUUUGAAGUUUGUUUCCAGACUAAGUUGAUUGGAGGUGGACACGGUGGGGACAGAGAGGUGACAUUGGACAUGAAGCACGGAAUUGAGGCCAAGAGUUAUGAUGAUCUUGCAAAGGCAGAAAAGCUGAAACCUCUGGAGGUUGAGCUAAGAAGACUUGAGGAUCUUUCUAAAUCCAUAGUUGAUGAUUUUGAAUAUAUGAAAGAAAGAGAGAAGGAAAUGAGAGAUACAAAUGAGUCUACCCACUCACGUGUCAUGUACUUCAGUAUUUUCUCCAUGUGUUGUCUCCUGGGCUUGGCCACAUGGCAAGUGCUCUAUCUACGACGAUACUUCAAGGCCAAGAAACUCAUCGAAUAAACACCAAUAAUAUUAGAUUUAACCAAUUAUCUGUAAUCCCUCUGGGAGAGUGGUCUCCCUUUCAUGAAAUAAGCAUUUCUAUUUAUUUUUGGAUAAUUAUAAUUUAAAGGUAUUGAUUAAGAAGGAGAGUCCAAUUAUUUUUGAAGUAAAGAUAAAUUCAUUGAAGAGGUUUUUGAUGGGAAAUCAUCUGUACCAGUUUAGUCUAAAUUGAAUUAUUGUCAUAACAUUCGAUGUUUUGCAUGCUUGUCUGUCAGAAAUAUAAUUAAGUACGAUCUUCAAUGCAAUAGUUUUCAUAAGACAAGGAUUUCUUUUCAUCAGUUAUUUAACCAAUGUUGGAAGUGAUCCAAAGAAAGUUUAAAGUUGGUCAUCUAAAGUGUAGUGUUCAAAUGUUAUGUCUUGGCAUUUUUAUCUAUUAAUGAAAAACUUAAUUACAUGAUGACAAGUGCUACCAUCAACAUACAUUAACGAGAUUAUCGAAAGUAAAUUCUUGAUCAAUUUAGGACAGUUAACAAUUAUGUAGUAAGCAAUGUUUUAUAUUUUACUCCUUUGACCUUGUCAUUCAUCUGUCCAUCCCCAUAAUGUACAUCACUCUGGCUGAUGAGAUGUACAGAUGCUUUCCCAUUAAAACCUCUCAACCUCUUUUAUUAUGAUUUUAAGAUUUUUCUGUUCAUAACUUUUUAUAAAGAGAUUGCAAUUUAUGCAUUCAAAGUUCAUCCUUUAUAAAAAAGAAAUUUAACCUAGAUAUAUAAAGCUAAAAUACCAUUUAGGAAAUGUGUAAAAUUACAAAAGUUUCUCAAUUAAUCUGUUACAUCAGUCCAAGUUUCUGAGUUUGGUUAGUCCCAUAUUUCCUCUUCAUUUCGGUAUGGUAUUUAAUAAGUUUAUUUUAAAUCAUUUCUCUGUUUUUGGUUUUUUUUUUUCUAAACAAAUACUCUGGUUUAUGGUGAAAACAUAAUAUACUGCCUUUAUAAAUGAAGUUCCAUCAUAAAAAAAAUAUUUCUUUUGUGAACUUUGUACAUUAAAAUUACUUAAAUUUAUCAGCACAUCUUUUAAUACAUACAUUUUGCCAUGGUGCAGGAAUGAUAUUCAGAAUAUUUUUACCUUACAAUUUAAAGUGCUUUUGAUGUGAAAAAUAAGUAAUAUUUUGUAGGCAAAUUUCUGAAUAUGCAUUUUUGAGGGAAGCAGAAUGCUUCAUCAGUACAGUUGUACUUGUAUAGUGGUAGGGUGUUCAUUGCUUUAUAGAUUUAGUCAGUAUGUUGAUAUGGUGGGAGAGAGAGAGAAAUUAAUGGAGUGUUUCAUUAUAUUCUUGAAAGGAUGUGCACUUGUAAGAAGACUAGAUGAUUUUGGAUGAGAGGGAGCAGGUCGUCAGUGCUGUUAUUAAAUUCAGUCUAUAGAAUUAUGUAGUAGCUUUAAAACAAAAUCUUUCUAAAUUAUUGAGAUUUGUUAAGUUCAUAUCCAUUGUUAUGUAUUAUGCGUCAUGAUCUUGCAUAAAAAGAGAAAAAGUAUAUAUUUUAUUGAAUGAUGCCAUAUCACUUUCUGAGAAUGCUUUAUUAUUAAGUGUUAAAAUAAUUCAAUCAUGUAUGAUAUCAGAAAAUAAACAGCAUUGAUUUUAUUGGGGUAACAUGGAUUUGAUCAACAACACAAAAGAUCGAUUGAUGUUGUAUCUAAUCCUGGUUUGUGUGUGUAUGUAUGUGUGUGUGCCUGCCUCGUGACAUCUGCAUAUUAACCAGGGUCUGUUGUAAACCAUUAUGUAUCAAAGUGAGAAAUCAUGUGAAUGUCAUCGUUGUAAUAGUUUUAAAGGCGUAUAAAUACACCUGAUGCAGCACUGAAGUGUGAAUGUCGUGUAAGAUGUUUAUCUGUGGUAGUCGUCAUUUUCUAGUUAAAACAAUCUGUUUCUUGUCUCAAGUCUCAAAAGUGGGAUGGAGCCUUUGUUCAAAGCUUCAAUACAUUUUAGUUAAAUAAGUCCAAUUAUUUUUUUCAAAUUUGUUCAAUAUAUUGAAACAUCAAAAGUUUUCAAUUAUUUUGAUUUCAACAAAAUAUUUUUUUUUUACAAGUGUAGACAUCAGAGAAAUUUGAUAUUUUUGAGAAAAAUGUAAAGUAUGUGUUGAUGUGAUUUUAAGCUCUAAAGAAUUGAUGCUUGUAGAUUUGAAAUGUACAUGUAGAUAUUCAUUAUUUUGUUAUUUAUGAGUUGAUUUUGAGAGUAAGUAUUAACUAUAAUGAGUGGUCCUAAUGUUUUUCCCAUUUUCCCCUGCCUCAGUGGUGAUGUUUCCCAUAUAAUUUUCGUAAGUCUGGAAUUCAAUAAAAGUGAAUGUCAGAGAAAAUUGUGAUUUACAAUUGUAAAUAUUUUCCUGGAAAAAUGGUGAAUAAAUGAGACAUGAAUUACCA